AUGGAGAAUGGGUUGAUCCCUAUGUGGGUUCAACGGUGCUUUGGCGGUGCGGGCGGGCAGGCUCCGGGCCAAGGCCACGGGUGGGAUAUUACCAACGGCAAUGUGAGUGCUCAGGACCCGGCCUCCACCUCGAAAGGAAAGUCAAAGCAAGAUCCCCGAAUAGACGGAAUUCUGCAGGCUCUGGCGACCGUAGGAGAAUUGCUGGGACAACAAGUACAGCAACAAGCACAGCAACGACUACCUAUUGCUGAGAAUGUAGCGGCGACAAAUGGAAAUGGGAAUGGUGACCGUACGAUGCAUGGAUUGGUCGAGCAGUUCCUGAAGCUGCGACCCCCGAAAUUUGCUGGAACUGGAGAUCCUGAAGAGGCGGAAUCCUGGAUCGAUGAGUUACAGAAAGCAUUUGAACUUCUGCGAUGUUCCGAGGAAGAUAAAGUCACCUUAGCAGCCUAUCAACUACAAGGGAACGCCAGCUAUUGGUGGAAGGCGACUAAGGAAAUCGUAUUCCCAGGAAAUGCUGCAGUGAAUUGGAAUGCUUUCGUUGAGGCAUUCAACGGGAAGUAUUUUUCCGAGUGUGCUCGUGAUCGGAAGAUGAAAGAAUUUCUGCAACUCCAACAGGGAAAUAUGACGGUGGACCAGUAUGAAGCAAGGUUCGCUCAGUUGUCAAGGUACGCCCCGAGACUUAUUGAAAAUCCAGUCGACAGGGCAAAACGAUUCCGUGAUGGUCUCAAACCUGACAUCCGGAGUCAGUUAGUACCUCUGAACCUGAAAGAUUAUAACAAAUUAUAUGAACGAGCUCAACUGAUCGAGAAAGAUUUGCUGGAGAGGGUCCCUUCGGCAAGACCUCAUUAUUCUACUCCCCGAAUGGAUCAACGUUUGGGCAAUAGGCCAGUAACAAGGGGAAAACGUCCCUUUAUUUCCAACAAGAAGCGGAAUUUUCAGCAGACAGCUAAUGUUUCUGGUAAUACUUGUUCUGUUUGUGGAAGACAGCAUGGCGAUGCCCCGUGCCCCAUUCGUACGGGAGCAUGCUUCGGGUGUGGCCAACAAGGUCACAUGGUCGGCGACUGUCCACAACGGCGACAGAAUAUACCUUCACAGCAAAGACAGGUGACAGCAUCAACUGGAGUUCAACCUCGUGCUAACAACGGCGAUCGUCCUCUGGCACAAGGACGAAUAUAUGCACUUACUCAAGAGGAUGAUGAGAACUCCAACGCAGUGAUUACAAGUACGAUUUUCCUCAAUAACCGUGCUGCAUAUGCGUUAAUUGAUACUGGAGCUACACACUCAUUCGUAUCUAGUCAAUUUGUACGUUUGGCCAAACUUGAGAUGAAACCGUUAAAAAAUGCACUUAGUGUUUCUACUCCGAUGAAAAAUGAAGUGCAGACUACCCUAGGAUGUCAAGGGUGUAAGAUAAUUAUAGGCGGACUGGCGGAUAUUAUAAAUCUAGCGGUACUGGCCAUGUAUGAUUUUGAUGUUAUCAUUGGUAUGAAUUGGCUUAGUAAACAGCAAGCCAAUAUAGACUGUUAUAGCAAGGUGAUUCAGUUUCAUCCCCCUGAUCGCCCCUGCUAUACAUUUGUGGGUAAUGGAGGAGGACCUUCUACUUCUCUGAUUUCUGCUUUAGAAGCAACCCGACUAUUGCAGAAAGGUUGUCAAGGAUUUCUGGCAACAAUAGAAAAUACAACAAAGGAAGACGAACCAAAGUUAGAAGAUAUCCUGGUGGUACGAGAAUUUCCGGAUGUUUUUACAAAAGAAUUACCAGGUCUACCUUCGAAACGAGAAGUAGAAUUUGCUAUCGAAGUAGUUCUUGGAAUAGAGCCUAUUUCCAAAGCUCCCUACAGGAUGUCUUUAACCGAGUUGAAAGAGCUCAAGGUGCAACUGCAGGAAUUACUUGAUAAGGGCUUCAUCCGUCCAAGUGCAUCUCCCUGGGGUGCACCCAUAUUGUUCGUGAAAAAGAAAGACGGAUCAUUGCGACUUUGUAUCGACUAUCGACAGUUAAAUCGGGACUACGACUGCGAGAUAUUGUAUCAUCCUGGCAAAGCAAACAAAGUUGUCGAUGCUCUUAGUCGAAAAUCGGCCAUCGCCCACUUGAUGGUCAAGGAAUGGACCUUACUUGAGGAAGCUCGGGACUUGGACUUCAAGCUGGAAGUUGGGCAUCAUCAGAAUUUACUAGCUGCUCUCAGAAUCGAGCCGGACAUCAUAUUGAAAAUCAAAGCGUUACAACAAACAGACCCAGAGAUUUAG